UCUGGGUGUCACUGCAGGCAGCUGCAAUAUAAACAGAGCAGCAGCUAAAUGACCGCAGCUAACGUUAGUGGACACCUGGGUGUUUAAUUCAAAAAAGAAAUGGGAGUGAUUUAAGAUUUUAUCACCGUAUUAAUUUAACAUGUUUAACUAUCUACUGUAGCUGUCGAGCUGUCCAGGGACACUUUUAGCUCCUUCACCUUUGAGACCAAGCUAACAAGCCAAGUAGCUUAGCUUCAGUUGAUAUUAGCGGCAUGAACUCUCUCGUCGGAUACGGAGUGUCCUCGGAGUCUGACAGCGAUGGAGAUGUAGAGGAUGUAAACAACGGUGGAGCUCGUUUUGGCAAGGAUGUCGGAAAUGAGACGACAGCUGUUAAAAAGACCCGCAACUUCUUGCUGGAGUCUGGUUCAGCUUCCAGUGAGUCAGAACAAGAGGAAGAGGACUCAGAGCCCUCUUCAUCACCACCACCACCACAACAACAUCCAGCAAAGGCACCUACUGCUGCAUGCCAGCCCACCCUGCCUGCACCUUCCCUGGGCUCCCUCACCCCUAACAAACUGCCUCCUCCUCCUCUAAACGCCUGCUCUGAUAGCAGUGUGUUUGCCAACCCCUUCAAGGCUCAGGCAGACCAGAAGCUCAGCGCCUUGCAGAAACAUGUCCCCCUCACAAUGCAGGCCAAACCCUCCCAGAUUGGAGGUAAAAGGAUGUGUGUGUCAUACAGGAAAGACGGCAGAUGCAGGUUCGGGAUCAAAUGCAAGUUUGCUCAUGAUAGUGAUCUUCAGACUGCAGUUACACCCUCUGACUGUCAUCCACCUGUGAGUGACGAAGCACCGGCAUCAGCUCAGGUUGAGACCCGUGCAAGCGGCUCCCAGGAGACGGAGGAGGAAGAGUCAGAGGGGCAGCAAGUGAAGAAGAGGAGGGUUGGACUGAGUAACACUUUGAUUCCUCCUAAACGGGCUAUGAAGCAGUUUGCCAUGCAGAGGGACAGAGAACGGAUCAAUAUGUCCUGAUGGGUGUUUUAUUAGCAAUGACAGUUUGCUGUCACCAAGCAAUAGUAUGCAGCGGAUGCCUGUGUGUAUCUUUGUCUAUAAUGUUAGUGUACAAAUAAUAACUCAGGCAUACUCUGUGUUUAAAAUGUUGGAAAUAGUGUCAAUGAAUACACUUAGGCUAAAUGUUAAGACAUUUAUUUACAUCAUAUAAAUGAACAGCUGUUGUGCCUGCUCUACCACACAUCCUAUGUCACACAUACUAAAUUUGCAUCAGACUGGUGCAACUUUAGUAUCGACACGUGUUCAAAGGUUUCUACAUAGUUCUGGUUAUGAAUUUACAUGAUGUUUCAAACACUAUUCAGUGACAGUAUUAGUUUUAAUAGUUUAAUUCAGUGACUGUGCUUGCAGGAUUCAUAAUGUGAUUAAUAGUGUCCAAUGUCAUCUUCUGGCUGGCUACAAUGACUAAGGACGUUUGUGAGCAGUAAAUAAAUUAUACGGGUUAUUAUUCCUUCAGUCUACCCACAGCCAAGCUUAACAAAUCUGCACAAAUGUCAUUUAAACUGGUUUAAUGACACUGCCAAAAAUCUUCUAAAUAUGUAUAUUUUGUGACUUUUUACAGCCCUGUGUAACACCUUUCUGUCUAUGUCCUUCCAGGUUUUAAGAUAUUUCUCUCUUUGUGAGUUUAUUUAGAUUUAUGUUACAUUUUUCUUUUAACCUGGUCGAGUAAAAGUUUUGUGUAGCUCUGGACAAUAAAUGAACAACUGGCUGACAA